CAUGUUCCAUUUUCUUCUGCGGGCAGAAAUUUUAUUAGUCCUCCUGCUAAGCUGAAUUUACUAAAUUCAACAAAAGAAUCCCCGUGUGAAUUACGUCAGACAUGAUUGAAUAAUGCACCAUUUGAAUGAAUGUGUCUCACUGAUGCUUGGAGGUAAAUGAUUCAAAUUGACCAACAUCUACUCCUCUUCCUUGAAAAACGCUCUUGCUGAUCAGCUGCUUUCUCUAUAUUUUUGUCAUUUGGAAAUCUCAAACCCUGCAACAUGUCUCAGAAAUACCCCUACACAAACAGGGGGGAUGACUUUCUGUCACAUCAAGACAUGUAUGCAAACUCGUACCGGAGACAAUCCAACACACACCGCCCAAGCGUUAGAUCCUCGUCUCAGGAGCAAACACGCUCUACAACGUCUUCCAUCAGAACUGUAGACUCUCCUGUUCACGUACCUGGGAAGGCUUUGUCAUUUCUUCACAGCUGUGGCCUGGACUCUAGUGACAUUGCCCACCUUGCAGAGAUUCCUGAGCAUCUCUUCACAGUUGAGACCCUUUCCAGCCUGCUUUUACAGAUCAAAGAACGGAAAUUGUCCAGCACGUCAUCAUCUAGGCCCAGCACAAGUCUGACUUUUGACAAUAGCUCGACUAAUGCCUGGGAGGGUGGCAGCCACAACACAACUGUUGAGUAUCCAAUUGAUCGACCUGCACUUCCAGUGUACCCUCUUCCUCCAGAGCAAGUUCAACCCUGGCAAGACCGCUGGGGGAAUCCCAGACAAAAGGCCAGCAGUAAAAGCAGUAGUGGUCCAGAUUACAGUGUCUCCAAGGACACCAACAGAUAUCACAAUACCAUACAAUCACCAGAGGCCUCAUCACGCUCUUUUGUUGAUUCCAGACCAAGACCUUUGCUUUCUUUGAAAUUAGAGCCUCCUGUUGUCGGGCCUUCUAGAAAGGAGGCCUCAGACUUUGAUUGCAAAAUUCCCCCAGCUUUUCCUCAUGUGUGUCGUCUCUGUGACAUUUCUGUCCGUUCUACAAAGGACUGGUUUUCUCAUGUUCGAGGUAAUCAGCAUGUUAGAAGUCAGCUUGAACUUCUGAAAAAGUACCCAAAGUGGGCACAGACGGUUGAUUUUGAAAAAAGGACUGAAAGCUCUGAAGUUUACAAAGUGCCAACUAGGACAGAGGCCUCAGACUUCAAUGGCGUCGUUCCCCCAGUUUUUCCUUACUUGUGUGUUCUCUGCAACAUCACUGUCUUUUCUGAAAAGGACUGGUCUGCACAUGUUACAGGUGGUCAGCAUGCUCAGAGCCAGCUUGACCUUAUGGCAAAGUACCCAGAGUGGGACGGGACUGUUAAAUCUUCUAGAAGACCUGAUGGCUACAACCCUACUGGUAUUAGUGGUGGGACCUCAAAAGAAAAUACUUCAGACAUGAAGAUGCCAGAGGAGAAAAAUGAACUGUGUUCUCGAGUUUUGAGCUUCACACCAUUACCUGUUGGAGAUGGCAUCACUGCAGAGUUGACAGCCAUUGCUAAACGUUUUGGAUCUGUCAAAAAAUCCUUGUUUCUACCAAACCGGGGUUAUGUAGAAAUGACUUGUUUAGCAGAAGCCAAGAAAGUGGUUGAGCACUACUCAGCCAAUCAACUGAAAUUGAAAGGAAAAUUAAUUCAGGUCGCCUACUCUUAUGAAUAUAAUUCACUAAGGCAAGCAGAGGUUAAUGACAAACCACAAUCCAGGCGCUCUCACACCCAAAAGACAUUUAGCCCAGACAACAUUCAACAGGACUCUCCUAGUCCUAGGAGAAGACGUUCGUCAGAGAAGACCCACUGUAGCCCUAAAAGAAGACACUCGUCAGAUAGAACUCGCUGUAGCCCCAAACGACAACACUCAUCAGAGACGACUCAUUCUAGCCCUAAGAGAAGACGCUCAUCAGAGAAGACCCACUCUUCUAGGAGUCACCAAGUAAAAGACGGAGAAGAUUCUCAAAAAUCCAAGGAGAACACUAGAACAUCCUCAAACCCUACUGUUAAAGCUGAAACUGACCGUGACCUUGAAGGGUUUGAAGUAAUAGCAGGUGAAGGUGAAGAACUGGUGCAUGCUAUUGAUGAUUAUGAGCCUACAACAAGUAACCCGGACAAUUUACCAUCAGAACCAAUGGAUGUUACAGACAUUCAUACAAAGGAAGAAUUAAACACUGGAGAAAAUUCUCCACAUUCUGAUACAUCAGAGACAUCAAACUGUCUGAAGGAGGGCCAAAAGUUACACCAACAUAAAGAACAGGAAAUAAAGGAGGAGGACCAUGACUUCCCUAAAAUUCUUGAAAACUGUGUGACCUUAGAUGAAUUAAUGGAAGAAGAUUCUUCAGAUUGUCAAGAAUCAAAUGAAGGAAAGGCCUUAAUACCCAAAACGGAAACCUUCAGCAAUGUCCUUGAGGUUAGAAAUCUACCAAGUGCUAAAGACUAUAUAGAAGAGGAACCCCAAACCAUAAACAUUACCAAGGAGAAGCCUACUGAGGAAAAAGCUUUGAGUCUCCCACAGAAGGAGGGGGUGAAGGUUAAAGCUGAGUUUUGUGAGAACACGGAUGAAUUCAACAAAGAGCACACAAAGAGAAACAACACAGAUACAAAAGAAUCUCAAAAUGCGGAGCUCAAAACAGUGAAGGUUGAGAGUAACAUCAAUGGUCCUCCUACUGCGUCUUCAUCUGUUGCAUCCUCUGCUGAUGUGUCUGAGAAGAGACAAGAGCCGACUAAAGCCUCCACACCGCCAACUGGGUCGGUCAGAAAGCUUGAAACCACUACAGAUGUUCUUGGUCCAUACGAGCCAAAUGUCCCAGUGGGUGUGGAGUUUCUGAAAAUGGGCUACUACUGUAGAGUCUGCUUCCUUUUUUACUCCAAUGAAGACAAUGCCAAAAAGGUUCACUGCAGUAGCCAGGCACACUACGAGAAACUCAAGAGACAAUUGGAAAAGGAGAAGACCAAAGCACAGAGUAAUCGUAAGAAAAACUGAAUACGAAGGAGUGUGAUUGGUCCUGUACAGUAUAUGGGUGUGCAUUGUUUGAUAAGCCUCUCCUUUCAGAGGAUUGAUUUUGGUGUCAUUUUAGGUUCAUUCUGUCAUUUACUCAUUUAUUGAUUCUCUUACCUGCUUAUUAGAAAUGUUCUCUAUUCUCAGUAUAAGAUCAGAACCUUUUUAGGACUGAUUGCUUGGUGUGAUUUUUUGUUGUGUUCAGCAUUAAAACAUUCCUCACACUGA